AAGGCAACGGGGGGGGGGGGGGAGCCUCCCUCAGAGCCAUGCAGCGUCUGGCUGGCAGACCCGCGGCAGCCGCCUCUUCCCAAUAGUUUGUCUCAAAGCCUGAGAAAGGGAAUUUAAAAGAAGAUCUUCCCCUCCCCUCUCCGUUUUUUUUUUUUUUUUUCCUUCUUCCUCGGGAGUUGGCGACUCGGCUACAGAACAUGGCAGGAGCAGCGCCAGGCCGGGCGGGUUGCGGCAUCCGCGGCUGCAGCCCGGAGCCCCCGCCCUUGUUUGCGGGAAGAGCCUAACUCGGGGCGGCGGCGCCCAGUCGGCGGGGCCCGGGGCCGAAGCGGGCAUGGACCGCGGCGGGGAGCGAGCUGGCGGCGGCCGCGUGAACGCUCGAGGCAGGAAGGAGUGAGGCAGCCGCAGGAGGAAGGCGAACGGAUCCCGCCCUCCGCUCCCCCCAGCACCCGGAUCCGGUGGCUUUUUUUUUUUUUUUUUUUUUUUUAAUUUAAUUCCUCCCCCCUCCCAUCCCUUCCCGCGGUCUUAACCCCUCCGGUUCCCUCUCCCCUCCUCUCCCUCCCUUUUCCCUUUCCCUUCUCCCUUCCCCUCCCCGGCAGCCACACCCUCCGCGCCGCUUCCUGCGAGCCGGCGGCGCGGGGCCGCCGGGGGCGGCACAUGGUGCGCAGCCGCCGCCCCUCCGGCCCUUGCGAGCCGCUCCCGGCUGCCGCUCGCCCGCCUCGGGAGCCCGGGCACGGCGGCCACCCGGGGGGCUGUGCCCUCGCCCCGACUCCCCACGGCUCCCCCGCUCCUCCGAGGUGCUCCUAAAGGAGGGAACUUCGCGCCGGGAUUCCCCCCUCCGCGGUGGAAGGCGAGGGAAGUGCAAGCAGGAGGGGGAAAAUAAUAACAGCGCUAAUAAAUUAGCCGCGCCAUGCCCGAGCGGGGCCCCGGGGGUCCCGGCGAGCGCCGAGCCGCCGCUGGAGCGUCGUAGGAGCGGAGGCUGGCGCCGGAGCGGUGCGGGAGCCCCGGCGGAGCUCGCCCCCCGCAGCAGCCUGCCCUCGCCUCCCGGCGAUUAAUGGAAUGAUGUUGCGGAAAAGGCAGAGCGAUCCUGCCGGGCUCAGUCGGGACUGCUCGGGCGGCGGAGGCAGAGGCGGUGGCAGUGGGGUAGCGAGCGGCAUGCGAGUGCCCCCCCGGCGCUAUGGCUAGCGGCGGCUCUGGCAAGUCCAGCAGCGAGGUGUCCGGCGGCGGCGGCGUCCCCAGCAGCGGCUCCGUGCAGAGGAAGAAACUCGUCUCUAUCUGCGACCACUGCAAGAUCAAGAUGCAACUGGUGGCUGAUCUGCUGCUGCUGUCGAGCGAGACCAGGCCGGUGAACACCGAGAGCUUGUCUGUCUUCGGUGAGUCCUUCGAGAAGUGCAGGGACACGAUCAUUGCCAGGACCAAAGGACUUUCCAUCUUGACCCACGACGUCCAGAGCCAGCUCAAUAUGGGACGCUUCGGGGAGGUGGGGGAAAGCCUGAUGGAGAUGGGGGAGCUGGUGGUCUCCCUGACGGAAUGCUCUGCCCACGCUGCCUACCUGGCUGCAGUGGAGACUCCGGGGGCCCAGCCUGCCAUGCCUGGCUUGGUGGAUCGCUACAAGGUGACCCGAUGUAGGCAUGAGGUGGAGCACGGCUGUGGGGUCUUGAAGACCACCCCUCUGGCAGAUAUGAGCCCUCAGCUCCUGCUGGAGGUUUCCCAGAACAUGUCCAAGAACUUGAAAUUCCUGACAGACGCCUGCGUGCUGGCCAGUGAGAAAUCCAAGGAUAAAUUUGCGAAGGAGCAGUUCAAACUCAGUGUCAAAUGUAUGAGCACCAGCGCCUCCGCCCUCUUGGCGUGUGUCAAGGAGGUCAAGACUUCACCCAGCGAGCUGACCAGGAACCGCUGCGUCUUGUUCAGUGGACCUUUGGUGCAGUCUGUCUAUGCUCUGGUGGGCUUUGCCACUGAGCCCCAGUUUUUGGGUAAAGCUGCCACCAUUAAUCCAGAGGGCAAAGCUGUGCAAACUGCUAUCCUAGGAGGAGCCAUGAGCGUGGUAUCUGCUUGUGUGCUCCUGACCCAAUGCCUCAGGGAUAUAGCCCAACACCCCGAAAGUAGCACCAAAAUGAGCGAUUACAGGGAAAGGUUGAGGAACUCAGCUUGCGCCGUCUCGGAUGGUUGCAACCUGUUAUCUCAGGCACUAAGAGAAAGAUCUUCACCCAGGACUUUACCGCCAGUGAACUCCAAUUCUGUGAAUUAACCCCCACACCUUCUGUUUAGAUCCCAGUCAUUGCUAAAGGAAAAUAAUAGCCCACCUCCUCGCCCCUUUUUUUGUAUACCAAAGAAUUUACUUGGAUGAGCCCAAUCCUUUGAUUUCAUGUGGUGAAGAAGCAGAACAGCAUAUUCAAACUAUACGUACUAACAAAGGUAGCCGGUUUUGGCUUCUUUUUAUUUUACUUUGAAGUCAAGGAAGUAUCUGCAGAUAAAUGUUCCUUUACUCAACAUGGUCUUCACACAAAUGGUAACAGCAACUGUUUAAAAGUUUUAUAUUUGGGGAGGUGGGGGUAUCUUAAAAAAAAAAAAAAAAAAAGGAGAAAAAAAUAGCUUUAAUCGCGCUGGGUGCGGUUUUUAAAGUUUGUCUUGUCUUGUCUUCCGAAAUUUCCCUUCUAAAUUUUACUGUUUGGUUGUUCAGGAAAAAGGUUACCUCAGUUCUCACUCAUUUAAAAAAUGAAAAAAAACCACCACCACAUAGAUGAUGGAUGUAGCUACUAUUUUAUUUGUUUUUGUUUUGUAUGACUUUUUUUUAUUUUGCAUCAAGUGUUAGGUUAGAAGUGCAUUUGGUGUGUAGGAGUGGAAGGACUGGAGGUUGUGAUUUUGUUUUCCAUGUGUUGAUUUCCAAACUGGGGGAAAAGCUACUGUGAGUGUUUAAACAAACAAACAAAAAAUUACACUAUAACAAAAGUGAUUUUUAAUUUUUUUUCCAAUGUCAGUUUUUAUCUUGCAUGUACUGGAGUAUUUAUUUCAUCUAUUAAAAUGUUAUGUUUCUCAGAUGUCUUUCUGUGAAUCUCUUAAUACUUGAAUAAUUGAACAACCAGGCCUGUUUGCAUUGUAUGUCAUUUUCCCCAGGGAAUGGGUGGUACAAAUGUAACUAGUUCUAGACAGCAGCAUACAGGCUUCAAUGCAGUUCUUUUAUUUUCAUAACUACUGUCCCUCCCCUGGUACCACCCCUCCUCCUUGGGAUGGACGCCUCUGAUAGAGAUACUCUUUAAUUGUAUUUGUGGAAAGCUGGAUAGUGCUGGAUGCGCUGGGGUUUCUGUAUCUGCAGUUGCUGCAGCAUGGCAUAGGCUGGCUUUGUUUGUCGUUAUUAGCAUUCUGUGUAAUCUUUGAGCAGUUUGUGUAUUUUAACUUGCAGAUGUUGUGGGCCACGUGCAUUAAGCUUGUGACUUUUCAUUUUAAUUUAUUAAGGACUUCUUGAAAAACUUUACCCUGUCGGAUAGCCCAGCUUAUUCUUUGUGUCCGCUUAGGAGCGUGAAGGCGUGCUGGACUGGGCACUCUGAUUUACUCAGAGGUUUGUGUUGGAGCUCCGCAGUACAGGUUUCUGUCAAAGCACAUGGAGUGUGAUGUUGCAGAUACUGUGAAAAGUUAGCUAACUUUGAGGCCCAGUUCAGCUCCAGUCGAAUUCCUUGGGAGCUGUGAGGGGACCUAAGGGAACACCACAGUAGUUCCCGUAACUCCAGGGAUUUUUUUCAGCCUGAUCUUGGUGGACUUGUGGGGUCCAUUGCCUUCUAUAUGUUCCAUGAAAGGUAAACAAGAAAAGCAAGUCUUUUGGCAAGGAGGCCUCAUUUGUCUGCACAGCUACAUUGCAUAACUGUAUUUUUUUCUUACAGGUCUGCAAAUCGAACACUGUUGAAAGCUAUUGGAAAAUGUACCUAAAAAUGUUGUUGCUGUGUUUUAAACCCUUACUGUACAACCAUUGUCCUAUCUGUUUCUUUGAAGAAGUGAGUCUUCUGGUUGUGGAUAUAGAACAGUCCCAGAGUAGUGAAAGGCCUUCCUUUUAUAGCGUUAUUGUUUGUCUUGCAUAUGGUGCUUUUACUUAAUUUCAAACAUGAGUAAAACAUGACUGUGUAGUGCACAAAUACAUCCUGUCAAAGGAGGUCCAAGCUAUGUAUCUGUAUCUUCAGGGUCAGAAAAGAAGAUCAGUAUAGUAGACCCCACUUGUUUAUUCUUAGGUCCGUUUAUUCUUUUUACUUCAGUGAAUUGUACAAUUAGCACUUUUCUUUGUGAAAAAUCCAUCCAAGCUACGUUCCCCUGGGUAUGGUUUUUUCACUACAUCUCUGCUGCAAUAUAACACUAUCAGUACAUGCUGCAGAGGACGCAGUAGGGUAUAAAAGUUCUCUCACUUUUAUGUAUAGAUAUAGACAGAUGCAUGAGUAUUUUUAUAUAUGUGUAUACCCACACAGGUACAGACAGAUACUGUUCUAACUUUGACUUAGAUGAUCCUGUUUGCUGGGCUAUCCAGUGGAAGAAACCUCCACAAGUAUUUCCUCAGAGACUUGUGUGUGCAUGCACUCACGUUUUCCUAGCUGGAUGGCAGGAACAGCUGUAGGGCUCCCAAGGGAUUCGCAGGAAGCCAAGGCCAUCUACAGGGAGGUCCUGUACCUCUUACGUGCUUGCGGCUGUCUGCUCAGCUCUCCUUUGUAUCUCUUCUAGCAUGUCUCCAUGGAAGCCGAGAUGCUGCCCCAGUCCGCCCUUCCUUCUCUUCCGCAGUUGCACUUGAGGGGAAGGAGGAAAAAGGGGUUGUAUCAAACAUAAUGCUUUCAGGACGUGCUAUCUUCUGCGGCUGUGGAAAGGAGGUGAGGAACUGGCUCCACCCUUCCUCUGCAUAGAUCCUAGGUGGUGCAGGAGUUCGUGCGGGACAUGGGGAGACGGUGCUGUCCAUUGCCCGGCUCUAGCCCGUUGGAGUCACCGCGACCUACAUUUGCGAGCCCUGCUUCCAGAUACAGACCAGAGGAUUCCGAAGGGCAGCUCUGCAGCAUCUCUGACAGAAAAAAAAAGUCCCACCGGCUCUUUUGAUGUUUCUACUUGAUAAUUUUUGGCACUGCUGAACUAAUUAGAUUCUUUUUGAUUCAUUUAUACAUUAUUAAUGAGGUUAUAUGGAUCACAGUGCAGCCUCCUUAUUACCUCUGUGUAUGAAGGGUAAUAUAUUAUUAAUGAUAGCACCAAUUCUGUUGUGGUUCAGUACAAUUCCAGUUUUUAACAAGGAUACUGCAGAUUCCUCCCUCUUUCUGAUAAUAUUUUGAAGUAUAUAAGUACAUACCUUCAUCGUUUCUUUCCACAGUAGAACUUCCACUGAUAGCAAAGGUAGCCAUGCACUCCUCUGGCCUCAGCUCAAGGGAUUAUCUGUCAAAAUCUGUACUGUAUGUAUUAUGAACCUAGCAAAGUUCAAAAAAAGGGCUUUUGAUACAAACAGCUGUUUAUAUGCACUCUGAGUAAACGGUUAACAGGAAAAUUAUUUAUAAAGACGAUGUACAUUGUGAUAAUUGCUUUGGAAUGUAUUCCUAUAGAAUAUUAAUUCUGAUAUAAGGUUAUUUCACUGGGUAUAUUUGUAUUGUUCUUUUACUUUGUAUUUUCUGGGACAGAAAAAAUAUACCUAAUGGACUUGUUUUCAGGUUGCAGUUUCAGGCUGCAUAAUGGUCACUGAUUAUCACUUGGCUUCAUACUUGAGGUCCAUGUUGCCCAAAUGCUUACACCAUUUGGGUAAACAGGUCAUGUCACUAUUUCAACAUAGGGUUAGACAAGCAUUAGACCUGUUUUUUGAACAGGAACCUUCCAGAGAGAACCUUGGUUCCAAAGUUUCUCUCACGGAUGAGGGAAAACUUAGUAUUUCAGGCUGCUUAUGUCACACACAUCAUGGAUCUAUUCUAAUAGUGUAUUUAAUAAAAGGGUUAACUUAUUUCUAAGUACAUUAUGCAAUGCAUGUUUGUAGCCAAAAAUAACACUAUCCCCACCAAAAGAGAAUUAAGCUCCUUUUUUUAAAUGUGAGAAUUUUUAACAGGGUAGAAGCUGCCACUUUUGCAUUGCUUGUGAAUUUGAUACUACCUUUUGGUUGCUUCAUCACCAUAAUGAAGUUCUGUAUUGAUUAAAUAUAGCAGUUGAUUGCAGAAUUUGACAGAGCAAUGUGUUUUCUGAUUCUAAAAAAAAAAAAAAAGUAAAGUUAAAAGCUCUGUAAGACAACCAAUAAACUAGCAGCAAAACGCUAUUGAAAAGCAAGUAUGCUAUUUAAGGGAAUUUGCAAAUGUAAAUCCUUGUUAUUUUUCAAAACUAAGAAAAAAAAGACCAUGGGUCAGAUAAUUCCCUUCACUUUUUUACCACAGGAAAUGAUCAAAGUAGCAGAAAAUCUGCUCUUUUUGGCCAAACUUCUGUCAGAGACAGAAGGGGU